UUAAUGUAGUUUAAAUAGUAACGCUGAAGUGUAUUUUGUUUGUGUUCGAGGUAAACAUUAAAUACAUGAUAAUAGUUUUUAUCAAUAAAUUUAAUUUUUUUUAAUAAAUAAGCAAUUUAAAUUAUCACUGUGUUUCAAAUUUUAUUAUACUUAGUUUUAUUAAAAUUCAAUUUAAGGAAUAAAAGGUGAUGAGUUAACUCAGCACACAAAUUACCAUAAGAAUGGAACUUACCAUGGCACAAAGUGAUAAAAAUGGAGGUGAUAGACCCACAGCCAUUAUGGUCAGAGGGGCAUAUAAAAGAUAUAAUCCUUAUAGCGUUGUUCUCAGAGGACUAAACAUGACUGUACCCGAGGGUACAAUAUAUGGUCUUUUGGGACCUAGUGGCUGUGGUAAAACUACUCUUUUAAGUUGUAUGGUAGGAAGAUGUCAGCUUGAUGCUGGAGAUAUACAAGUUAAAGCCAAAACCAAAAUUAAUAUUGGAUAUAUGCCUCAAGAGUUAGCUUUAUAUAAAGAAUUUAGUAUUCGAGAAACUAUGAUUUAUUAUGGCAGAUUGUUUGGAAUGAGUCAUAAACAAAUAGAAACUAGAACUUAUGAACUUUUAAAGUUUCUAGAACUACCAGGAGAAAGUAAUAUUGUUAGUAGACUGAGUGGUGGUCAAGAAAGAAGAGUAUCAUUUGCAGUUGCUUUGCUUCAUGAUCCUCAAUUGUUGAUCCUUGAUGAACCAACAGUAGGCGUUGAUCCUGUAUUGAGCGCAAGUAUUUGGCAACAUCUUCUUGAUUUAACGGCAAAUGGAAAUAAAACAGUCGUUAUUACAACUCAUUAUAUCGAAGAAGCUAGGCAAGCACAUACGAUUGGAUUAAUGAGGGAUGGUCAAUUAUUAGCUGAAGAAUCUCCUACUCAACUUCUUAUUAAACAUAAUUGUACAUCAUUGGAACAUGCAUUUUUAGAGCUUAGUAAACGUCAAACACGUAGUAGUAUUAUGGAUAGAGAAGAUGAAAAUUGUAAUAUUGAAACAUAUCCAGUUCCAGACAAAAAACCAUUACCUCCAUUAAAACCAGAUAUUAUAUGCUCAAAAAGUCGUGUGAUUGCUCAAUUAAUGAAGAAUUUCUACUGGAUGAAAAGAAAUAUACCAAUCAUGUGUUUUCUUAUGAUCUUGCCAGUGGUGCAAUGUUAUCUAUUUUGUACGUGUAUUGGUCGUGAUCCUAAAGGAUUAAAAAUAGCCGUUGUAAAUGAAGAAUUAUCAUUCGGAAUGGGAAGUUGUAGUGACUAUCCAAUGCGAGGAUGCAAUUUUAGUGUUCCAUUGAGUUGUCGGUAUAUGCAAAAUCUUCGGGAUAAAAGUUACAAUUUGAUAGAAUUUGACUCCUUAGAUAAGGCAAAGUUUGCUGUUAAGAAGAAUCGUGUCUGGGGAGUACUUUACUUUGAAAAAGGAUACUCUGAAUCAUUGGGAGCUCGUAUUCAAAUGCCCGAUAAUUUAACGGAAAGAACUUUGAAUAUGAGUGAUGUUAAUAUAUGGCAAGAUAUGUCAAAUCAAUAUGUAAGCAAUUUAUUACGUAGGGAUAUGUUAUCUAAAUAUGUGCUUUUUCUACAAAAAGUAUUCAAAGAUUGUAAUUGGCCUAUAGCCUUGGCAGAUAUCCCUAUAAAGAUGGAAGACGCAAUUUACGGAAGCAAUGACCCAAGUUUCGGUCAUUUUACUGCUCCAGCUAUAAUUUCUUUAUUUGAGUUUUAUUUGCCAAUGGUGUUUACUGUGGGAGCAAUUUUAAUGGAGAAAAUGGGUGGUUUGCUUGAAAGAAGUCUUGUUGCCGGCGUUACUGUCAUCGAAGUUUUAAUUUCUCAUAUUGUUGUUCAAUAUAUUGUUUUGAGCAUACAAACGGCCCUUAUGAUGUUGGUUCUGUUUGUAUUCUUUGACAAUCCUAUGGAAGGUAGCUUAAUAUGGACGUUAUCACUCCUAUUUUUAACAGGAACCAGUGGAAUGUGUUAUGGCUUUAUGGUUUCCGUGUUUUGUAACACUGACACUUCAGCUACUUUUAUGGGCUUAGGUAGUUUUUUCCCAUUAGCUAUGCUUAGUGGAAUGAUUUGGCCUUUAGAAGGAAUGCAUUGGAUUCUUAGAUCUAUUGGAUGGGUAUUACCUAUAACAUUAUCAACUGAAUCAUUCAGGGCUUUGUCAGCAAGAAAUUGGUCUAUAACCCAUCCAACAGUUUACAAAGGAUUUUUAUCUGCUUCUGGCUGGAUCACUGUUUUCAUGCUAAUUACUAUUAUUGUAGUAAAAAAGAAUAACGGACUGAGAAAAGCUAUCAAAUAAAAUGUAUUUAACGAAAAUU